GUGCCCCUCCCCGCCCCGCGCCCGAUCGCUGCGUGGCGGGGCAUGUGAGCGGGAAGCCCGGGCCGCCAGGCGAGGACGGCCGGAGGAACAGCAGCAGCGCGGAGCCGCGAGCCCAGAGCCCGGCGCCCGGCUGAGUAGAUGUCCAUGAGGAGCCCCGGCUCUGCCCAGCUGGCCCCGGAUGGCGGCGGCACCAUGGUGAACUGUGCUGUCAAGUCAGAAGGAAAGAAGGAGCCCUGCCACGAGGCCCCCCAGGGCACAGCUGCCACAGCUGAACCCCAGCCCGGAGACCCAGCCCGAGCCCCCCAGGACGGUGCUGACCCCCAAGCUCUAGCCCAGGAUUGCAGCUCACCAGAGAGCAAUGGGUCCCCAGAACCCAAGAGACCUGGAGGAUCCGAGGCUGCUUCUGGAAGCCAGGAGAAGCUGGACUUCAACCGAAAUUUAAAAGAAGUCAUGCCCGCCAUCGAGAAGCUGCUGUCCAGUGACUGGAAGGAGAGGUUUCUGGGAAGAAGCUCUGUGGAAACUAAAGAUGUCAAAGGGACCCAGGAGAGCCUGGCAGAGAAGGAGCUCCAGCUUCUGGUCAUGAUCCACCAGCUGUCCACCCUGCGGGACCAGCUCCUGACGGCCCACUCGGAGCAGAAGAACAUGGCUGCCAUGCUCUUCGAGAAGCAGCAGCAGCAGAUGGAGCUGGCCAGGCAGCAGCAGGAACAGAUCGCUAAGCAGCAGCAACAGUUAAUUCAGCAGCAGCACAAAAUCAACCUCCUUCAGCAGCAGAUCCAGCAGGUUAACAUGCCUUAUGUCAUGAUCCCAGCCUUUCCCCCAAGCCACCAACCUCUACCUGUCACCCCUGAGUCCCAGCUGGCUUUGCCCAUCCAGCCAAUCCCUUGCAAACCAGUGGAGUACCCGCUCCAGCUGCUGCACAGCCCCCCAGCCCCAGCUGUAAAGAGGCCCGGGGCCCUGGCCGCCCACCAUCCCCUGCAGGAGCCCUCCCAGCCCCUGAACCUCACAGCCAAGCCCAAGGCCCCUGAGCUGCCCAAUACCUCCAGCUCCCCCAGCCUGAAGAUAAGCAACUGUGGACCCCGGCCCCCCAGCCAUGGGGCUCCCACACGGGACCUGCAGUCUAGCCCCCCGAGCCUGCCUUUGGGCUUCCUUGGUGAAGGGGAUGCUGUCACCAAGGCCAUCCAGGACGCCCGACAGCUGCUGCACAGCCACAGCGGGGCCUUAGAGAGCUCCCCCAACACGCCCUUCCGUAAGGACCUCAUCAGCCUGGACACGUCCCCGGUCAAGGAGCGACUGGAGGAGAAUUGUGUGCACCCUCUGGAGGAGGCCAUGCUGAGCUGUGACGUGGAUGGCUCCCGCCACUUCCCCGAGUCCCGGAACAGCAGCCACAUCAAGAGGCCCAUGAACGCCUUCAUGGUGUGGGCCAAAGACGAGCGGAGAAAGAUCCUCCAAGCCUUCCCGGACAUGCACAACUCCAGCAUCAGCAAGAUCCUCGGCUCCCGUUGGAAGUCCAUGACCAACCAGGAGAAGCAGCCCUACUACGAGGAGCAGGCCAGGCUGAGUCGGCAGCACCUGGAGAAGUACCCCGACUACAAGUACAAGCCGAGGCCCAAGCGCACCUGCAUUGUGGAGGGCAAGCGCCUGCGGGUGGGCGAGUACAAGGCCCUGAUGAGGACCCGGCGUCAGGAUGCCCGCCAGAGCUACAUGACCCCCUCGCAGGCAGGCCAGGUGCAGAUGAACUCCCCAGAUGUCCUGUACCCUCGGGCGGCGCCACCCCCGGUGGAGCACUAUGUGCCCCGAAGCCUGGACCCCAACAUGCCUGUCAUCGUGAACACCUGCAGCCUCAGGGAGGAGGCUGAGUCCACAGAGGACAGGCACUUGGUGGCCGAUGGUGAGAUGUACCGGUACAGCGAGGACGAGGACUCGGAGGGCGAGGAGAAGAGCGAUGGGGAGUUGGUGGUGCUCACAGACUGAUCUCCUGGGCAAGACCUGGCCUCGAGCAGAGGGGCGCAGCCAGUCACCUGGACUCCGUUGGUACUUGGACUUGGGUGUGCCAGGAGAUGGCAUAGCUAUAUACUUGUAGAUACAGGCCUCCUCCCCGUCACACCUGCAGGCACACCUGGGGAGCUGUUGACAGCAGUGGCCAGGGCCUGUGCAUGGUGGUGAUGGCUGAGCUGGCUGGGCUCCUUGGUUUUUGGGGCUCAUGGCCAGGGGACACUGUAUGACCCGCCCCUCCUGCAGGUCUACCCACCCUGGAGUAUGGCAGCUCCAGACCUGUCUCCCUGGAGCCACACGCUUUGUUUGCAUUCCUGUUCUGGCUGGACUAGCCACAUGGGACCAACACUCCCCGAGCCCCCUCUACACACAAUUGCUCCUGUCACCAGGAUCACUUUGUACUUUGUGCAGAACGGUCUGGCUGUCCCUCGGUUUUUAUCUUUGCAAAGCCUGCUGUGCCUCUGGCUGCUGUGUGUGUGUGCACACGUGUGUGUGCGCACGUGUGUGCGUGUCUCCAUCUGUUAAUUCAUUGCAUAUUUAUUGAGUGCCCACUAUGUGCCAGGCACUGUUGCUGAGUUCCUGUGGGUGUGCCUCUUGAUGCUACCCUUGCUUCCCUGGGGGCCUCUUUCUGUACUCUUUGUCCCCAAAUUGCUACCUCUUUGUCAGUCUGGGUGUCUCAGGUUCUGUGCAUCGUUAUGUGUUUCUCUGUCCUUGUCUCUCUGCAGGAUUCUGUACGUGUCGCUCUCCCUGCCUUGGUGUCUGACUCUGCCCCUCUGCCCACUGAUCACCCUGGGUCUCUGAAGGCCCCUGGCCACCCUGACCUCCUCUGCCCUUCCCUUCCCUCCUUCUCUUGCUGGUGGGACUCCACAGAGCCAUGUUUAGUUCGGAGCACCAUGGGAAUGUGUUCAGUCUCCAAGGUCUGUGCUGGUGACCCAGACCCUAGUCCAAUGGAGGGCCAGGAGUGGGAGCAGGACCAGUGGUGCCCCUCCCCUUCCUGUCAGUGGCAGGAGCCCUGGGGAGCUGGGCUUCCCUGGCAGCUGGCCUCCAUUCCUCCCUCCUGGGCAGGGGGUGGGAGGGGCUCUCCAGUGAUGGAGAAAGACUCAUGCUCCAUCCCCUCCCACACAGCUCUGCCCUCACUCUGCCUGCCCCUCACCGGACACGGGGGGACUUGCCCCAGCUCCUGAUCACUUUCACAAGUUAUUUCCUUAAGAAAAUUAAAUCUCACUGGCAUUCCUCCAAAGAUCCAGGUGGGUCGGGGUAGGAAGAGAACCCUAAAUCCCACAGGGGCAGAUGUGGAGUCUGUGCCUACCCCCAUCUUCUCCCCAAAGCCCGACUUCUCUCCAGGCUGUUUCUUUUUUUAUGACUGUAAACAUAGUGCUUUAUUUUGUUAAUAAUAAGAUAAUGAUGAGUAACUUAACCAGCACAUUUCUCCUGUUUACACUCGGGGGAUUUUUUGUUGUUGUUUUCUGUUGGUAUA